AUGGUUCGGGCAAUGUGUAGAAUGUCGAAUGAAAGAUUAACAAAACGAGUGUUUGAAACGAGAGUGCAAGGGAAAAAUAAACAAGGAAGACCAAGAGUUAGGUGGGUGGACGAAAUCAGGAGGGAAGUUGAGAAGAAAGGAUUGUCAUGGGAAAGUGCACGAGGUUUAACACAGAACCGGAAAGCAUGGAGACAACAGUGCCAAACUUAA